GUAUACAGCUCACUGCUCAGCUCCUUUAACGCGGAUCGGUCCCGGUGCUCCGCGGCGGCUCUGCUUGGCCUGCUCCUCGUCUGCAGCGGCUCUGAUCGGUGCACGGUCGGACUUCGCGCUUCAGGAGAUAGUCUGCCCCCGGCUCCUUUGGUGUGAAUGACUUUUCCUCUGGGUCUGGUCUAAUUCUUGGGACCUCCACCCCCUUCUCCUCCUCCUCUGCCCCAAACCCCUUCACCAUCUCCCCCUCGGCCUUCCCGGUACUGCCCCUCCCCCUACGGCCUGGAGCUCCGUGUGCUACCCCCUGCUGCCCCCGCGCCUGAACUGCCCCUGUGGUCAUCACGGUAACUGCCCCACUCCCUUGGCUGUCGUGGUAACAGCAGCAGAGUUUUUAUAAAUGAAGACGCCAUUCAAAAACUCUGUCCCCAGACCUCCGGGUGAUGGAGGACACUCUGGAGUCUCUGUCAACAUGAUGAAGAAGAAGAACCCUCACAAGAAGCAAAAGACCAGUGUUGGUGCCAGUAAAGCUCUGGCUCAGACUCAGAGGAGGAACAUUGUGGGCUGCAGAAUCCAACACAUCUGGAAGGAAGGCAGUAAGUCGUCUGUGUGGAAGGGCACAGUUCUGGACCAGGUGCCGGUGAACCCGUCUCUGUAUCUGAUCAAAUACGACGGCUUCGACUGCAUCUACGGACUUGAGAUCUUCUCCGACGAGAGGGUCAUCAACCUGGAGAUCCUCCCAGACAGAGUGGCGCCCUCUCGUGUCGCAGACUCCCCCCUUGCGGACACGAUGAUCGGUAAAGCUGUGGAGCACAUGUUUGAAACGGAGGAGGGGCCGAAGGAGGAGUGGAGGGGGAUGGUUCUGGCCCGAGCGCCGGUCAUGACCUCCUGGUUCUACAUCACCUACGAGAAGGACCCAGUGCUCUACAUGUACCAGCUGCUUGACGACUACAAGGAGGGCGAUCUGCGCAUCAUGCCCGACAACAACGAGGGUGGUGCGGAGCGAGAGCCCGGGGAGGUGGUGGACAGUCUGGUGGGCAAACAGGUGGAGUACGCCAAAGAGGAUGGAGGCAAGCGCUCGGGGAUGGUCAUUCACCAGGUCGAGGCAAAGCCCUCCGUCUACUUCAUCAAGUUCGACGACGACUUUCACAUCUACGUGUACGACCUCGUCAAAACGUCGUAAGAAUGCAGCGAACAUGGACUCAAAGAGACCAGCACCUGACGCAAAGGAGCACGUUUUAUAAAGAGCCUCUACUCUUCAUUUAUUUAGUGCCGACGCUUUCAAAUUAAUAAAAAUAUAUUUGUAUUUUAACAUGUAGCUUUGUAAAGAGAGAUCAGGAGUCUAACCCACAACCUCCAAGAUAACCACUCUGCCACAGUCACACAGGGAAGACAUGCACACUCCACUCAGAGAGAUCAGGAGUCUAACCCACAACCUCCUCACUGAGUCCUGGUUUGGCCCUUUUUGAAUCCCUUUUUGUAAUUGUUGAAGUUGUAUAUUUAAAGUUACACUAUGUAACAUUUCCAUGAUGGAAUCCACCACCUGCUCUGUCUUGAAGAUGCUGUUUUGUCUUGAAUGUUCCACAGUAUGGCAUUGAACUAAAAUCUGUCUCCAUGGGGACAAGCAUUUCAGAGCUCAGUGUUCAUUGUAAACUGUUUACAGCGGUCCAAAGUUAUUCCUCACUUAAUGUAUUCAGAGCAUCCCAAUUACUCACCAUCAUGAGUUUAUAAGCAUUUUUCAAAACUCACAAACCAGAGCAGUUUUUGUCAACAUGGUAAAACUAACAACAACUAGCACAUUAACGCGCACGUCCUGAUUAUUGGACAGUAAAACUCAUCAGAAUCAGAUACAGAAAAAAUGAAAGCACCUUAAGUUUAAUAGAUAUUAUACAUUUAAUACCGUAUUGUGAAACAUUCUCAAGAAAGAAACAACAUCUCCCUGGAAACAAGCAAAUGACAGACCCACACAGGAAAAGUUGCACAGUCCAUCUUUAAAGAGGGGGUAUUAUGCUAAAUAGUUUUUAAUCAUGUUAUAACGCUGUUUCCUCACCAAAAACACGCCUGAAGAGGUUUUAGAUGUCAUGCUUGUUUGCGUAAUCUAGCGAUCUCUCCCGGGCCCUAUUUCAAACCCUCCUUAGCUGUAAGAUUCUGUACAAGGCUCUGCCCACAAGCCUACAUCACCCAUGCUCCCACACGACAAUUCACCAUAAAUAUACGAAAACAUGAUACAAAACUGUACACGGCAACUUGACAAACCUGAUGUGCUGUGCAGUAGUUUCAUUAGUGGGAUGCAGCUGAUUGUGUUGUAAUAGCUCUUUAAUACCUCACUGAAGUAAAAUACCCCCUCUUUAAUACCACAUAGAAGUAAAAUACCCCAUCUUUAAACAAUGCCCCUUGUUUGGCUGAUUAGAGGUUCUUUAUGAAAACUGUUUGUGUAUUUGAAUCGCGGUUUGGGUUCGAACUCCUGAGACCUGCCUGGCUCCUGACGUUUGGGGUCUAUGAAGGAACGGACCAAAAAUGGCAGACCACAGACUCAGCUGCUGCUCGGACUACGUUUCCCAUGAGCCCUCACUCCACAUGCCCUUUUACGGAACUUCCUCCUGCCGUUCGGAGUGCCCCGAUUGGUCGAACGUUCUGGUUUUGUCCAUAUGUAUGUUUUAAAAGCUGAAAUAUUUAGAGUUUAUCCAUUUUUACUUUUUUAUAUUGAAACGAUGCAUGUGGUUCAGAGGCCUUCAUUUCAUAAAACUGUUUUUUUUAUGACCACAAGUUUGAGGACGAAAGAUUUUUAUUAAUUUAUAGAGAAUAUCAAAGAGGUUUAAUCAUGGUUCAGUUAGGAUUUCGCAUAUGGUCUAAAUCCCUCUUGUUCAUACUUGGUCCAGUCCUGGUUUAAAACCGUUUUAUUCCUGGUUUAAGUUUGGGUUGGACCUGUCUCUGUCCUGGUUUUGACCUGCCUGGUUUAGUCCUGGUUUAGUCCUGGUUUAGUCCUGGUUUAGUCCUGGUUUAGUCCUGGUUUAGUCCUGGUUUAGUCCUGGUUUAGUCCUGGUUUAGUCCUGGUUUAUACCUUGAGUCCUCAUCAGAUUUAGUGCCUGUUUAGUCCCUGUUCUGGACGUGGCUUAGUUUAAAUUGUCUAUACUUUACCAUAUAUUUCACUUUUAACUUAAAUCAGACGUUUUGAACCAAACAUUCUAGAUUAUUUUUGUAAUUUGUGAAAUAUUGCCAACAUUUAAACUGUAAAAUAUUAAGAUUUUAAAUUCAAGAUGGUUGAAAAAUCCCCAACAUCCCAACAUGUGAAUGUCCUCAGAGUUUUGGUCAUUGUUGAAAGUGUAAAUUUUACCUCACGAUUUCUGUUUUACACAAAGCACUUCUGUUAAAACUGGAAUUCAGAUUUAGACCAAAUGAGAGCAAGAGGUGAUUGUAAUGCAGUUAUCAGUUCCGGGUUUGGUCCGGAUUUAGACCUGGUUUAAGUUUGGGUUGGGCCUGUCUCUGCUCUGGUUUAGACCUGGUUUAGACCUCGAUUAGAGCAGAUCUGGUUUAGACCUGGUUUAAGUUUGGGUUGGACUUGUCUCCACUCUGGUUUAGACCUGGGUUAGUCCCGCUUUAGUCCCGCUUUAGUCCCGCUUUAGUCCCGCUUUAGUCCCGCUUUAGUCCCGCUUUAGUCCCGCUUUAGUCCUGCUUUAGUCCUGCUUUAGUCCUCACUUAAUCCAUUCAUUCUCUCUUGUAGCUAAACCUUGGGGAGUUUCAUACUUUGCCUUCUUGAUUCUCAUUGGUGGGUUUGACUGGUUGGGCGGGCCUCAGUCAGCGGUUCUGCGUCCUGAUUGGUGCGUUUGCAUGCCUUUCUCUUGUAUUUACUGUACAUUGGUGCGCUGCAUGUGUAUUGUUGGUUCUUUUGAGCAGAUUUUGUCUUGUGAAGAAAAUUUUAUAUGAUUUUAAUCAUUCUUUUUGCUGUUUGUGGCUGAAAAUCUGUUGGUUUUUUUUGUCGUCUUUGAAAUGUGCCAAGUUCAAAAAGUGUUGUACAGAAAACUAUUCACUAUUAAAACUGUUUUUCAC